ACUUUCGUUUUUGCGACGUUUUGCCACUCGGCACACCUCGGACACAGCUCGGACUUUUCCCUCAAGUUGAGAACAAUCUGCGAAUGUGGACAAUGUAUCAAAAUUAGUAAUAAGAUUUGGAGUUACCUAAUGGUUUUGCCCGGAAGUUCGUCAGAUCGGUGGCAACCCCAAACAGAAGUCAGAGUUCAUAUUGCUGCCGUGAGAAAAAGAGAUGAAUGAUCGAUACUUUGUCACGGUGAACACAAUCAGAAAGAAGUGAAGAUGGCAGCGAACGCGGUGAUUCCCGACAUGAAGAGUUCAGACAGCGAGGACACCCUAGCUGGACUGGAUGAGUCGGAAAUAGCCUUUGGUGGCAUUUCAAUGUUGCUGAAUAAUGGUUUUGAAGAAGCAAGAGUUUUAUUUGAAAAAUACAAGAAUGACAGUUACCUGAUGAAUGCUGGUCACAGUUUUGUAUUUUUCAUGCAAGCGCUGAUGUCCUUUGAAGAGGAAAAACUAGAUGAAGCUAUGAAAGUUUUACAAGAAACAGAAAAAUUAAGUGAUACAGAUUCUGGAGUAUUCAAGUCAAUUAAAAACAGAUUCAAGUCGAAGAAGAAGAGGGAGGAGGGACAAAUCAGUAUUGAUGAGAAAAUUCAAAGACAGGUGAUUGUGGCCGACACUCUACUGUAUCAGGCAAUACUAGUGUUUACCAAUCAGGACAUACCCAGUUAUAUCAAAGGGGGCUGGUACCUCCGCAAAGCCUGGAAAAUCUACGAGAAAUUAAACAAAGAUGUUAUGCAGCUCCAGAUGAAGAAUGCCAAACUGCGACAAUCAGAUAAUGGACCAGUAGAUGGUAACGACAAUGAAAUGCCUCAGGAACUUCUAGAUCGCCUCCAGGGGGCUGUCAGCUUCGGAUAUGGAACAUUCCAGAUUUGUAUAUCAAUGGUUCCUCCUAAGAUUCUGAAGUUGAUAGAACUGUUUGGGUUUGAGGGUGACCGUGAUGCCGGACUGACGGCACUGAAUUAUUCUAGUCACAGUAAGGACAUGAAGGCCCCCCUUGCCACGUUAGGACUUCUGUGGUAUCAUACUGUGCUUCGUCCAUUUUUUGCUCUGGAUGGAGCUAAUGAAUACAGUGCAGGCACAAAUGAUGCAGAAAAGAUCAUAGAGGAGAAAGAAGCUGAGUUCCAGCAGUCUUCACUGUUCUUAUUCUUCCGGGGAAGGAUCCACAGACUUAGGAAACAAACAGACAAGUCUUUGGAGUCCUAUCAGAAAGCUCUGGAGGCAGCAAAAGGACAGCGAGAAAUAGAGCUCAUGUGUCAAUAUGAAUUAGGUUGGGUCAAUUUAAUGAAAUUACAGUGGAGGGAGAGUUUACAGGCUUUUACAAGAUUAAAGGAAGAAACCAAAUGGUCCAAGUGUUACUAUACGUAUCUUAUGGGAGUGUCUUUGGGAGCACUAGGUGAUAUAAAAGGAGCUCAUGAUACACUCAAAGAAGUCCCGGGUCUGCUGAAGAAAAAAAACAAUCAAAUAGAGGCUUAUGUCUCCAGGAGGGCAGAGAAAAUGAAGAAAGCAGCCCCGAGUCAGGAGUACUGUCGUCUGCUGUGUCUGGAGCUCAUCUUCCUGUGGCACGCCCUGCCUACCUGUACUCCUGAGGAACUGCAGCCAUACCUUACUGUUUGUGACAUGCAGACAGACCCUAAAGUCUCUCAUGUCAAAUGUUUGGUAGAGGGUGCUGUGUAUAAAGAGCUCGGAGAAGAAGAAAUGGCUAUACAGUGUUUAGAAGAGGCCAUUGCUCGACAGCAGGGUAUGAAGGAGGACCACCAUGUCUCAGCUUUUGCCAGCUUUGAACUUGCUUCCAUACACAUGAGAAAACCAGAGACUGCUGGAAAAGCAAAGCAACUUCUACAACAGAUCAAAGACAAUUAUAAAGACUAUGAUUUUGAGAAUCGACUAACAGUGAGAGUGAAUAAUGCCUUGAAAGUUCUGAAAAGUAGUGCUAACGUUGGAUGAAUAGACAGCUAAGUCCUACAACCAUGCAACUCGCAUCCCCACCACUCCAAGAACAGUCACUAUCACGAGACCCAAACAGGAAGACAUUGUACAAAGACAGCGAAUUAUAAGGAAAUUGUUCCAGGAAUUUAAUCACUUGUCCAACUUUGUGUUAAUAUUAGAUUAUCUUACUGUGUAGGAAUAAUGAUGGAAAAAGUAUGAUGGAACCCUCUUGAUGUGGUUAUGGUUAAAUAUGAUUUUAUGGUUUAUUGUGUUUUUUCAAUGUAAAUUUACCUCAUUAUUAUGAUGUCUCAAGGUGCAAAUCCCAUUCUAUUAUGAUGUCAAAAUCCUGUCCCUUUUUUAUUUUCCCAUUUGUAAUUUGCUGUGUUCAGAGGUAUGAAGCGAUUUUGAUAACCUAUUGUUUAGCCAGCACUUCAAACUUCCAUUAAAAACAAUGCACUGAGACACAAACUACCUGGAACAUGUGGUUAGAAUUACAUAUUAUUGGGUAUUCUUAAUAAUUGAAGAGUUGUUCUUGUUUUUUAGUUAGGUGUCAAUUUCAUGAGAUUACAAAGUGCUAAACAUUUUAUUUUUAUGAAUUCAACAGAAAAUAUGUAUACCUACAUAUGUACAUGAAAGAGUAUACAUGUUGCGUUCAGUGCAACCUGUUUUUUUUUUUUUUCGGUUUUUUUUUUAUUUUUCUUUUAAUGAAAACUAAUACAUUAUAUACUAAUUGUCCAUUGUGAUGAUCUGCUUAUUGUUAUGAAAUAAAUGUGAAAAUAAAACAUCACAUUAAGAGGGUUCUGCUGUAGUUGUGUUGUGAAAUGAUUGCCUUUUUUUUUUCUCUCACCAAAGCAUUCUUGUGUAGUGAGUUGUUUUUGUAGAUGAAUAGUGUGCCAAACUAACAUACCUGUACAUUUUUUAUGGAAUUUUAUAUGUAUCAUGAUUUUCCCUAUGGACCACACCUAUUGUCAGAUAAGGGAUAUACGGAGGUAUGACAAUGCCCAUCAUGUGUGAAUGCUCGUAAGUAGUAGUGGCACUGAAUGUGAAUCAACAAAAUAAAGCAAAUGUUAUUAUCAUGCUGUUUGCUGAAUACAGCAGAGUACACAAAUUGAUAAAAAAAAAAAAAAAAAUACCAAAUUUUUAACGGUUAUAAAUUUAUAAUGUCUAUCUUAAAACUGAGCUUAAGGUAGAUGGCUUCGCAAAAAUUAAAAAAAUUUAUUCAAUGGCUCAUUAAAGCAUCUCAUAUGAAAUACGAUUUCACCAUCGAAAGAGUGAAACAAGCUCUCAAAUUAUUUAUAUGAAUUUUUUUGUGAUUAGUUCUAAGUAAAAAUCACCAAGAAACAUAUCAAUUAGAAAAUAGAUAUGUUUAAAAGAAAAAUAUUUUUCAGAAAAGAAAUAACACUGAUUGACUUAGUGUUUUAGGAUUUAUGACCCUUGGGGGGGUCAUGCUUUUUGCAAGAUUUCACUAUUAAUAGUAGUUUAUUUUUGUGUGCUGAAUCCCCUCCCCCCAACCCCCCACCCCCACUCCCUUCUUUUUUGUUUCAUGUUUUGGGGGUUUCUUUUUGGCUUUUUUCGCUUUGCUUGAUUGAUCUUUUUGGGAGAGGGGGGGGGGGGGGGGGGCAGUUUUCCAGUAGAUUUGGAAUUUCAGUAUACAAAUUGAAUUCAUUAAAGAUACAUUUUUGUCAUUUGAAUCUUACAUGUAUGACUUUUUGAACACAUAAAUUGACAUGUUUUCCACAAUUCAUUCCACCAAGGUUGACAUUGAUAAUGAAGUGGGAAAAAAGAAGUUACUUUGUAUGUAUAUUUCAUGACAUAAAGAACAAUGAUAGUUGUUUAUUGGAGUAUGUGUGUUUUGAAUUGUUGAUGGUAUCCUUGGUUAGUUUUCCAAUGAUGGAGAUCUGCCAAAAUGUAUCAAUAAUUUUUUCUAACAUUCCAUAGAAUAUUCAAAAUAGUACUGGUAGCUGAGAAAGAAGUAAAUAUGAGAAAAUAUUGAUUCAAUGAUUUUAUUUUGUUGUCUAGAAAGACAUCAUUUACUACUAUUUCUUUUUCUGAACCUACUUUUUUCAUUUCUGUUGUGGAAGUGUAGACAUUUUUACAUACUAUGCAAAUUGAAAUCUGACAACAUUUUUCAAUGUUUAUGCAGAUUAUUCAAAUUCUUUCCAUCCGAGUACCAAAAUUUUUUAAAUAUAUAAAAGCACCGCAAAAAUAUUUGAAAGGGACUAUGUACAUAGCAGUAGAAGAAGAAGUGAAGUCAUUUCAGUUUUCUCUUGUUAAAUGGCCUUAUAUUUGCAAUUUCAUUUUACAUUACAAACAAAACAUAAACUUCUAAAAGGCAGAUAAAACAGAUUCUAGAGAUUUCAUAUUUUCUGAUAAGUGAACAAUAUUCUAGGGAAUAUUUUAGAAAAGUGUACGUGCUUUUCACACAAAAAAUGCUCUUGGUAGUUGUUAUCCAUUUCAGCAUGGAACCCAUAAUUUCUCUUGAAUUUUAAAAGUACAUGAACUUCAAUAAAAGUUUAUCACUAGAAUAUUUUUUACAGACUUAGAGAAACAUUAGAGUGUAAACUUUAUCAACAUUUUGAGUGCAUAUAGAUCACAACUGAUGCAAAAGAGAUAACAAUGUAUUGUGAAAAGUUUUAUAUUUGUGAAAUUCAACCCUUUAUUUUUUUUUUUAUUGUACAUUUUUAAUGGAGGAACUAUUAUGCUAAUUGUAACGAGACUAAAUCAAAAAUGGGUAAAUUUUAAAUUACAUAAUGCAGAAAGGUCACACUCAAAGCCUAUUUCUGGCUCAUUGAGGAUCACAGACCCCCAUUUCUCUAUGAUUUUGUAAUUCUUAACACACACACCCUCCCUACCCACUCCACAUGUCUCUAUGAUUUUGUAAUCUUGUUCAUAUGAAGAAAAUAUUUUCCUACUGAGGAGCAAACAUCCUAAAAGUACUGACAAAGCAUAUAAAACCAUGAUUAACAAGUAAAGCUUCCUGUACUAUUUAGAUAACUUUAUAGAGAGAGCUUGUAGAACUACCAUUUCUGGAUAAACCUUAACUACAAUGACAAUGUUUGAUUUGUAUUAACAUAAUAUUUUUUACUCUUAUCCUAGCUGUGAUAGUAAUAUUUUCUGUGCACUUCAUCACACAUUUUACUUAAUAAAUGUUUUAAUUCCCUAUUACAUAUUUCUUAGUCAGACAUUCUUUGUCAUUUAUCUAUAUUCUAAUGAGUCGGAUGCUAGUUUGAUUAAUGUGAUUGUUUAGAUGUGAGAUGUAGCAGAUAUGUGUAUUUAUUGACUCUCUUUAGAUCAAUGUCUGAAAUGUAUGUUAUGAUAAAAUACUCUUGAAUUGAAA